ACACAUCACGACACCUUUUUCUUCUCUCAAUCUCUUUCAAGAAAGACAAAAUUCUCUCUCUUCCAAGAAACUAGAUCUACUUGAAAAAUCUCUGCUAAUGUUAAAAUCCAGGUGAAAGAAUUUUACCAAUCUACUUUCAACGGCCUUUAAUAUAGUUGAGUUUCAAGUAGCUUUCGGGUGGUUGAGCUCAUUUCAUGCCAUGCCAUCAUCCAACCAAAGGAGGCUGCAACAAAAGACAGGCUGAGGAGGCACGUACCCGAUUCGAUUUCCACCCCGACCAUCCUCCUCAGCCGUCGUGAGCGGCUCGCGGGUUAUUUGACUCGACCCGGAAACACUCUCUCUCGGAGACCCAAAUGGCUUUCUCAGAGAGGAAUGCUAUUCUUCCUCAUCUGCUGACGCUGUCGCUACUCGCAAUUUCAGUGGCCAAUCAAGCUAUUGGUAUUCGGAUACCGGAUCAGAUCUCCAAUCCCUCCACGGUCCCCUCGGAUCAGCCUCUGAAAAUCGCCGUCUUCGCUCUCGGUAGCUUCUGGAGAUCCGAAGCCAUCUUCGGCUGUGUUAAUGGGGUAGUUCGGACCACCGCGGGUUAUUCCGGCGGAUCCAAAUCCAACCCCGAAUACAGGAGCUUAGGUGAUCAUGCCGAGUCCGUACAGGUACAAUAUGAUCCUAGGGUAAUAAGUUUUAGGCAGCUUUUGGAGGUUUUUUGGUCUAGUCAUGAUUCAAGGCAAGUUUUUGGCCAAGGUCCUGAUGUGGGUAACCAAUACAGAUCUGUUAUCUUUACCAAUGGUACUGAGGAGGCCAGAUUAGCUGCUGUUAGCAAAGAAAAAGAGCAAUUAAGGUCAAGGAGCAGCAUUGUGACUACUCAAAUUCAACAGUUUGUAGCAUUUUAUCCUGCAGAACCUGAACAGCAGAAAUUUGAGCUUAAGCGUAGGCCUUUUCUUCUUCAGCUGAUGGGAAACUUGCCGGAAGAGGAGCUUGAGAGGUCGAGUUUGGCAGCAAAACUAAACGGUUAUGCAGCAGAGCUCUGUCCUCCGAAGAUUCAAAACCAAAUAGGUGCGAAGAUCAAUGAGAUAGUUAGGAAAGGGUGGCCAGUUUUGAUAGGUGUUUAGAGUAGAAUUUAUAGGCUUAAAUGCACCCCUUACAUGUUAAUGUUUAUAUCAAGUUGUUGAGGAUUGCAAGUUAUGGCUCAUAGAAGCGGACAGAUUUUGGGUACCGUUCAACAAGGACGUGAUUCUUUUGUCAUUGGAAUAAUCUUGAACAUAUCGUUGUCGUUUAGAAGGAAUUUAUAUAUUAUUUGUUAAUAGUACUGAUUAUAUUUGUUCA